AUGUACCUUAAUUCAGCCCACAUUGCAAGCGAUACUGAGGGACACAAAACAAGCUUGGAUUGCCAUGACGUCCUGAAGAUCCAUUGCAACGACCCCGAAUCUGCGAAACAUCCAUUACAUACUUGUACACCCUCCGAACAAGCCUGUUCACCCUGGGAACAGAGCUCCAGACUUCAGCCUCCCCCGCCAUCCACUAUCAUCAUCCCACCACCCACGUUAAGCUAUCCUAUCGUCUGCUCAUCGAUAACGUCCUAUUCGCCUCUCCGGUUCGUCGACUCUGCCAACCUCGCCUGCACCCUGAAAAGUGCCGUCGCCUCGUGUCUUGAAAACACAUUUCUUCCGAAAGCGCAUAGAAUUGGAGAAGAAGAAAAGAAAAACAUCUGGCACAGUCGGAUUAUCGAAAAGAAUUUAGAUCACACCAAUCCAACCAACAGCGACACGUCCGGCGCGUCGCAUCCAGCAUCGUGUAUUGUUGGGCAGAUUGGGAGUCGUCGCGCAUUACCCUCGAAGUCGCAAUUGCACCGUACAUCGCACACCGAGUCUCGUGCAAACCUGGGAGAAUACCUCAGACUUGUAACCGGAACAGCUUUCUGCUUCCCGAGUUUUCACGACGGUUCAGACACACGAUCGGACGCCAUGAACGGCUCGGAAGCGCAAGAAGUGACAGCGGCUGUCAAAGCUAGCCAGCCUCUGACGAAAGACACUCAACCUUUGGCGGAAGCUCAAACUCCAACGCAAGCAGAACCUCCGUUAAUGGCCGGCGCGAAUGGCAGCUCAUCGAUGAGCAAAAAGCGCAAGAAGGACGGAUUGAAACCAAUCAUUACAACUGAAGCCCCAAGCCCGACUGGGGAGUCGAGAUCAGCUCUUAUACUUGGCAAAGACAUCCAUGGAACAAGCGCGUCAUGGAAAGACCAGAGUUAUGAUGCUUCGCUUUCCAUUGCACACACUUGGGGCAAGUCACAGACCUUAUCUGAAGUUGCUCCAAAGCCAGCGGCUGUCGAGUUAGCUGAAAGUCUGGGCGGGCGCUAUGCAACUCUUCAGGAUCUCAUACUUAAGCCAGAUCAAAGCGCUUGCGGGAGGGGGAUCGUCAAUUGGAACCCGCUUUCACCUGCGUCUCCUGCAUCGCGUAGCGGUCUGAUUUGA